AUGGAGGAAACAGCAGCCGUCAAGAUUCCAAUUUACAAUCCGAUUGACCCGGCAUUGUGGUUUGCUAUGUGUGAAGCAACUUUUGCUUUAGCCGCACCCAAGCCUAUUACGGAUUCGAAGACAAAAUUUAACUACUGCGUCGCUCAUUUGCCGCCGGAAAUUGCUGCGUUGGUUAGAGAUAUCAUUCUCCGAGAACGUACAGAUGCUUCUUACGAAGACCUCAAAGCUGCUAUUACGGAACGCUGUGGAGAAAGCAGUACGAGUGAAAUACGAAAAUUACUCACCGGCGAGCAACUUGGAGAUAGGAACUCAUCAGAUCUUCUUCGUGUAAUGACUAGGCGGGCUGAAAAAUACAAUGUGCCUGGCUCUUUGUUACUGGAAUUAUUCAUGCACCAGUUGCCGCCAAAUGUUCAGUCUAUUCUAGCAUCGGUUGAGCCGCUCGAUUCAUCGAAAGCUGCCAGUAUUGCAUAUAGAAUAUUGGAAGUUACACCCGUUCAGGUAAACGAAGUUUCUUCUCGUGUAUCUCUCAAUGUAUCUGGGAAUUCUAAAUUGGAUUCCCUGCUGGAGGAAGUGUGCAAAUUGCGUAGCGAGGUUUUGUCUCUACGACGAUUACGCAGUGUUUCCAAAAAUCGCUAUAACAGGAAGCGAAGCCCUUCAGGUAAAGCUGUUUCGAAAUGUUCCUAUUGUUGGUAUCAUCAUAAAUUUAGUGAGAAAGCAAAAAAGUGUGUUCCACCAUGUACAUUCCAGGGAAAGGGUAGUGGGGACAUGCGCUUUAUCCUCCGAGUCUCGCCGCCUUUUCUUAAGAGACAGGAAAUCGAAAACAAUAAUUUUGUGCGACACUGGCUCAGACGUCAGUCUUCUUUCAGCAAACAGACAGGAAGCGCGUCAAACACCUAUUAUGACGUUUUCUGCAGCAAAUGGUACCCCUAUUCCAGUUUAUGGACAAAAGGCGUUAAGUAUUGA